UCAAGGGAGAAAUAGAGGAGAAAGAGCUGGAUGGCAAAGACAGACAGAGGGAGGGAUACACACACCCGAUAAAGAAACAGACGGAGAGCAACAGAGGUAACGGAAGGCAACGAGAGGGAGAUAAAGACAUACAUGUACAAACAAGUGGCUGGGGAAUUCUAAGAGCAGCCAGCAACUGAAGGAUACAGAGGAAGGGGGACACAGAGAAGAUGGAUGUACAAACGGAGAGCACGGACCCUCCGCCUGGUGAAUCACAGUCGAGUGGGAAAAUCAGAAAAGGAUUCAAGCUGUUUGGCAAACGCAAGCCAGGUAACAUCUUUUCUAUUCGAAAUAAAGGAGAUGGAAACAACAAGUCACCUGUUAACAAGGCUAAAACCCCUGAUGGAUUAGAGACAGCUGCAGCAGACACAGAACAGGAUCCUGAGAAAGAAAAAGGACAGGGGGUGAAUCAAGGAGAUGGUGAACAGACAGACGAGGAGCCGCUUGGUGAAGAUGGCGUUAUCGCUGCCGCCCCUGCUCGCACCUCCAUUUCUUCAGCCAGCUCUGCCAAGUCCCUCGGCUUCCUGUCACUACUGAGGGGCGGCCGAAGAGGAGUACUGGACCGCCGGGUCCAAACAGUAUCCCAGCCAGUGGGUCGACAGCGUCGUGGGCUCAAGGGUCUUUUUGGCAAUGUUAAGUUUCGCUCAAAGGAUAAGGAGGACAAGGAGGAGAAGGAGGAGGCUCCACCGAGCCCACUUCUCAUGUCGUCUCGCACCAACAGCGUGGAAAUCAUCAAAGAGGACCUCACUCUCACCCCUAAAUCUCAGCCUCGCUCUCUGGACAGCCCCGGGACUGAGAGCUGUGGUCCCACCAAGAGCUUAACGACACAGGACAGCCCGGCCACUUCCCCAUCAGAGACAAUGAGUCCACAGAUGACAGCAGGCAAUGUGAGUAGAACUAAUGAGCAUGUGCCGCCUUUACCCACAACAGAACCCCCCAUGGUACCCGGAGAGAACAGUCUGAGCACUCUGCUGGCAGACAUCUCCUCUCUCCUGACCUUUGACUCAAUCUCAGGGGGUGGAGACAUCAUGGCUGAUGUGGAGGCUGAGUGGGGCAAAUCCAGUGGUGCCACCAGCCCUGCGGCGACUAAGGCCACAGCAUCACCCACAUCCCUGUUCUCCAAACCCACCAUGUCAUCUCCACUGACCUCAUCCUCCAUCACUACUUCUGUUGCAUCAAAACCCUCUUCUGUGGCUGUCAGUAUGAGCCAGACCCAAUCUCUGACUUCAGCAAAGACAACUAUAACCUCUUCUCCCGUUGCCAAGCCGAGCACCAUUAUCACUACUUUGACAAAAUCUUCCACUUUGACAACUCAGACUGUCAAAUCAGGUUCUGCUUCAGCUCCAGAGCCUGUGACCAGCAUUACUACUAAACUAACUACUACAUCUACAGCAACAACAAAACCUUCAAGUACCCCUGUAACAUCAACAAGUGUUUCAGCGCCAAUAAUGUCUUCCCUUCCAAUAACUAAACCCACACUAGAUGCCCCCUCUACUACAGCUCCUCCCAACACCCCAGCAGCAGUAGUUAAAGCUCCAUCUGCUAGUCCAACUCUUACCUCUACAGUUAGCAAAUUGGCCUCAGAGAUUACAGAACAUCCUAAAUUACCUGUUGCAGCAACUAAAUCUUGCCCUGUAUCCUCUCCAUUUUCGGCUAAACCCCCGCUAACCCACAGCCCUCCCACCCCUGCUACUUUCACCCAGUCUCUAUCUGCUAAACUGGAUUUGACUGGCAGUGUCAACUUGCAAACCUUCUCUUCAUACAAAAGUUCAGCCACAGGAGAAUUGAAACCCCAAACGGCGGUAUCAGUCGCAUCUACUGUUACAACCCAACCCUCACCUCCUGCACCUGUCGUUUCCUCCAAGACCACACCUGCUCCCACAUCAGUUUCAACUCCUGUUUCAGUAUCUACGACUGUUUCUAAACCCAUUCACACAUCCAGCCCUAUGGAUUUAAGUAAGACUCCCUCUAUUGUAACUUCUGCAGUUUGUCCUCCAUCUAGUACAGCUGCCCCAGGUUUAACUAAACCCCAGUCUGGUCCUGCAUCUGUCCCAACUCCAUCUGCAGCUUCUUUAGAUAAAAUCUCCUCAACUGUACCUGCUACUGCACCAACCUCUUUAGGUAAGAUGCCCCCUCCUCCCACAACAACCCCAGCUCCAACCUCACAAACUGUUGCACCCCCAGUACCUGCUACUGCCCCUUCUCAGACCCCUCUUACCCAAACGAAACCUACCCCUGCUCCAGUUGAAGUUCCUGUAUCUCAGUCUAAAGCUCCUCCUGCUUCAGUAGCAUUUACUGUAUCUGUAAAUACUCCUGGUCCUCAAGCGAAACCCCCUCCCACUCCCGUAGCCUUUUCUGUAUCUAUAAAUGAUCCUGUUCCUGUUUCUCAAGGUAAAGCUCCCCCUGCUCCAGUCGCAUUUUCUAUACCUAAAGAUGCUCCUGUACCUGUUAAUCAAGCUAAAGCCCCUCCUUCACCUGCAGAAACAAUAGUUUCUGUACCUAAAGCCCCUACCCCUGCCCCUCAAAUCCCAGUUUCUGUACCUAAAGCCCCUACCCCUGCCCCUCAAAUCCCAGUUUCUGCACCUAAAGCCCCUACCCCUGCCCCUCAAAUUCCGGUUUCUGUACCUAAAGCCCCAACCCCGGCCCCUCAAAUCCCAGUUUCUGUACCUAAGGACCCUCCUGCUCCUGUUCAGAUUCCACUUUCUCAGUCCAAAGCCCCUACUCCUGCCCCUGUUCCUUGUCCUGUCACUUCUCUCUCCUCGAGUGAAGCCUCUAAAAUGAGAGACAGUGGACGGGGGACAGUGGACGGGCUUCUGGGAAGUCAAAAGAGUUCAGAUGCCCAGGAGACUCAGCCUGUACCCUCCAAAACUGAUGAAUUGCAGAAUGAGUCAUGGCCCAACAAGGAGGAGAAAAAGAGGACACCGCAAGCAAAGACGACAGGACUUAGCAAAAUACCUGUAGUUGGAGGGGGCAGGGCUGGCAAAAUCCCAGUCCGGGACAGCCAACAUGCUGAUGAGGAAGCAAGCAGGGACCCACCGACGCCUGUGCUGGAAGAAGUAAGGCCACACUUUAAUUCACAUGACACAGGAAGCAAAGAUAAAAUCAGUAACGCUGAGGCCACUGUGGUCACCCCGAAACACACCCAGGAGGAGAGCCUGCAGCUUCAGCAACCAAAAGGCAGCACCUGUUUGCAGCGUGACUCAAAAAUCCCUGUGAAGCACGGGGCACAGUCUCACACUGCCUCCCAAAUCCCUCAAGCUAAAGACCCGCCUCGCACCAAGAUACCAGUGUCCAAGGUUCCUGUCCGCAGGGUUGGUAAUAAACCCACAGCUGCAAGCGGCAGCAGCCAGAUGAGAAAAUAAAAACUGGAAUAAUCAGUGAACAAACCAUGGCUCUGACUGCAACUUUUUUUCCAAUGUAACUACAUGACCACCCAUUUUCAAUUCAUACUUCUCUACUGUAUCACUCUUGGCUCAACAUAAACAACAGCAAACAGAGUCUAGAAAGCAGACAGCACUCAAGCACAAAACAUCUCUUCAGUAAGCCGAAGCAACAAGCCUGGCUCUUUGGUGCUGAGCCGACCAGAUCUGCACUCAGGAAAGGUCCGAGGUCACACCUGGACGCACAGCAGCAUCGGUAACUAAGGAUAAGUAAGAUUAAAGGUCUUCUGGGAUCAGUGUCACACUCACAACAUGGGCGAGUGCCUUUUUAAAGGGUGCUUUUCCUACAGACUCUCAAAAUUUGACUUAGUCUUUUCUACAGUACUUCAACUUUUGUUACUCUACUUUUUGUAGGAACCUUCAAGUCUUUCUGUCUUUCUUUCCAGCAAGUCUCUUUGAUAAUAACCAGUCCCUUUACCUUUUAUUUUUGUCAGGAGUUGAUCUGCGGGAGCUCUAUAUAUAAAUGCAGCAACCAAAUUCACAUUCCACAACUCUCUCUCUCUCUCUCUGGAUGUAUGUAGCAGAUAACUUGCCAUUAAUUUUUGCACAAGAUGUUGAACUGUACAGCGCCUGCGUGUCCGCCUGCUCAUAUGUAACAUGAUCAGAUCUCACCGUGAACUGUUGGAGAGACUGUGGCUUUGAGGAAGUAAUGGAAAUAACUCCUUCCUGUGAUGUGAAAUAUGCUGCAGCCACAAUGUGUGGCACAGUGGACGUUUGAGCAAGACUGAGAGGAAGCUGACAUGAGAUCUGCAUCUUUACCCUUGUUCUACUUAUCCUCAGAUGAGAACAGUAUCUCUGUGUAUAGUCUCAUCUAUGUUGUUCUGUUUCCUAUUUAAUCAAUAAAAUGAUAUGAAUAAUUAGCAAAUUGA